AUGUUCCGUUGGUUUUACAUCACCUCAUUUGAUAGAGAAAAGCGGGCAGAUUUCAAGUUUCCGAAAAAUGUUGAGGAGCUAAAAAGUCUGGGAAUAAUGUUAUCUGAAUACCAGGACACAUAUUAUUGGGAGAUUCUCAUAGUUAUGAUUACAGCGUACAUAUUCCUCCAGUCCUUCAUGAUUCCGGGCUCUGUAUUCAUGAGCAUACUUCUGGGCUACUUAUUUCCGUUUCCCUUGGCGUUGGCACUAGUAUCCUUUUGUUCUGCUGUGGGUGCAACCUGCUGCUAUCUCUUGGCGGGAUUUAUUGGAUCAAAAUUGUUGACUUAUCUAAUUCCGAAAGAAAUUGAAGAGUGCCGAAUGCUGCGGUAUCGUCACGCAAUGUUUUUCUGUAUAUGCCUCUUGCGCAUUUCCCCUCUCAUACCGAACUGGUUGGUGAAUGUGUCCUCACCGAUAGUGGAGAUUCCGAUUCUGCAUUUCUUUUUGGGCACGCUUGUCGCAUUGCAAGAAUUUGGUGGGAUAGCCGGACAAGUAAUGCUGGGGUCAGGCGUAGAAUUUUAUGCAACCGCGGUUGCCCACUGGAGCAAGUGGUCGACCGUCAUAGAUUACGUUGGUUGGGGCAUGUGUUACGCAUGUCACCAAAUAGGUUGUCAUGGCGAGCGAUGUUUGCCGAGGCAGGUAGUGGAUCAGGUAGUGGGUGGUCAAAGUGAGAUCUGGCAUGAGGGUAUUCUAACCCUAACCAGGAGCCUGGGUCACAUAGGUCCGGUUAGGCUCCUUGGAUGGUGA